ACUGUACCUAUAAAAUUACAAAGUGAAAUAAUAAAGAAAAUUAUAGUAAACGACGACUAUAUUCACAAUAUUUCUCAUAAAAUUGAAGAGUAAAGAUCGUAAAUCUUGGACUCGUAACCUAAAGCAGUUUGAAAGAAAUGGGAGAAGAAGGAGAAGAUCCACAGAAGUUGAAGAGAAUGGCGGCGGCGGCGUACGACUACGACACCGACCCACGAUGGGCGGAUUAUUGGUCCAACGUUCUCGUUCCACCCAACAUGGCAUCCCGCUCCGAUGUUAUUAAUCACUAUAAGCGCAAGUUCUACCAGCGUUACAUUGAUCCCAAUCUGGUUGUUGAGUCAAUGACUACUGGCAGUACAUCUCAGCAAGCAAGACCAUCAACAACAUCUUCGUCAACUUCUGCAACAAAUAGUAAUUCUCAUACACAGAAUUCAGGUUCUGCCAGUAGAACUACGGGCACGUCCGGAACUCCAGCUCCAAAUUCAACAUCGUUGCGUUGGGAUAAACAAACUAUUCAAUUUUCUGUCAAUGCUUGGGUCUUUGUGGUGGCAGUUCUUGCUAUCUUUCCUCUUGUUCCUAAGAAUCUGUCAAACCGUGCAUUUCGGCUUUCCUUCAUGGGGACUGCAUGUUCUUCUCUCUAUUCAUUAUAUUCAUUAUAUGGGAAACCUAGAGCAUGGAACUUGCAGGCUCUGCAAGUUUGGUUUCAAUCAGUGGCAGUUACCAAAGAUUUUAUCUACUCCAUUUACUGCCUCACCUUUGUUACUUCAAAUCUGUGCCUCAAAUUUGCUAUGAUUCCAAUUUUGUGUUUGUCCGUUCAGCAUGUUGCAAAGUUCCUUAGGCGUAACUUUAGCAGAUCCACCUUGUACAGGAAAUACCUGGACGAGGCCUGUGUUUGGGUUGAUUCAAACACAACAACACUUGGCAUUCUGUCUUCACAAGCUGAGAUUGGACUUGGAUUUCUUCUGAUUCUCUCUCUUUUCUCGUGGCAGCGCAACAUUGUACAAGCAUUUAUGUAUUGGCAGCUUUUAAAGCUUAUGUACCAGGCCCCUGCAACUGCCGGUUACCAUCAAAGUGCAUGGGCCAGGAUCGGGAGGACAUUAAAUCCACUAAUCUAUCGCUAUGCGCCUUUCCUGAACACUCCAGUUAGUGCUGUUCAGAAAUGGUGGUUUAGGUAAGAAGCAUGGAGAGAGAAGGAAGUUGAUGACAACAUAUGCAUGUCUUUCCCCUUGAGACAUGUAAAUCUUGAUUAUUCAGAACUGUUUAUACGAUUAAUCAGUCAAUCCCAUGGGAACUCAUCGUUCAGAGGGCGAUGUUGAGGUCAUUGAAGUUUUCUAUUUCUUAACUUUACCUGAGUGGUAGUGUCCUUCCACUUAGUUUUUAGAGUUUUGGUUUGUGUUUUGAUACUAUUGAUUUGAAACAGUAGUGUGGCAUAAAUAAAGCAGACCUAUUUUUACAGAAACAGAUAAUGAAUUAGACAGGCUUUGUUGUGUAUUAUUUAAUUUGUCAUGAUAUUUUCAUGGUACUUUAGACAUGACUUCAAUUGUAUUAUAUGGUGUUAAGCU